UUAGUUUGUGGUACAAUUUCUUUGUACGCUGCUGGUGUAAUUGGGUUUCUUUUUCUUUGUUGUUUUGAUCUUGUGGUUAUCGCAUAUAAUUUUGUGAAAGUUUAAAUUUCUACAUAAAGAUUUUAUUUCAAUCUGUGUUGUGUUUUACAAAUAUGUUUUCCUCGCUUACCAAGAAUUGAAUGCAAUUCUUAGCAUAAAACCUUGGGGGGCCGAAGAUAUCAUAAGUAAACAAGGUAAGAUUGGACAAUAUGGAUGGACAGGAAGCAAUGGAGAUAAAAUACAGCAGUGGCAACGAAAUGGGAGGCCUGGAGCUCUGCAUCGUGUGCGGAGACAGGGCCUCGGGGAGACAUUAUGGUGCUAUCAGCUGUGAAGGAUGCAAGGGCUUCUUCAAACGGUCCAUACGCAAGAAACUGGGCUACCAGUGCCGCGGCAGCAUGAACUGCGAGGUCACGAAACACCACCGCAACCGCUGCCAGUACUGUCGCCUGCAGAAGUGCCUCGCGUGCGGAAUGCGGAGCGACUCGGUUCAGCAUGAGAGGAAGCCGAUCGUGGAUAAGGGGAAGAGCGAGCGAGACGGCGCUAUGCACGAGCGACAGGCGGCCUACUCUAAACUGCUCGGAUUGGCUGGGCAGGCGCAGAAUGCUCAGAUGCCCAAAGAAGAACCCACAGAUGCAUUCGGCGCGGUGUCGCCGGCGGCGCCCGCUAUCAAUUUCGCUUUAGCAGCUGCCGUUGCUUUCAACAAGGGGAAUCCAGCAGUGUCUCAAUAUCUGAACCCUGGCAACCCCAGCGACAUUGAGGGCGCUCGCCGUCAACAUCUGAUGCUGCAGACGCAACUGGCCAAAAAUAUAUUCAAGAUGGGACAAUUUGGUGUAAUGAAUGAUUAUAUAUCAGCGUACACGGGCGCCACUCCGCCGGAAGUUCCGUUGGCGCCAUUACACGCCGCUGACACGUCACACAAUGAUGCGGAGGGCAUCCUGAGCGGCGAGGCGCUGCAGCUGCCGCUGUCGCUGCCGGCGGCGGGCGGGGCGGCGGGGGGCGCGGCGGGGGCGGGGGCGCCGCACCUGGCGCUGCACCGCGCGGCGGAGGCGGGCGCGCGCCUGCUGGCCGCGCUGGCGCGCUGGCUGCGCGCCGUGCCCGUGGCCGCGCAGAUGCCAGUUGAGAUCCAGGUGACUUUGCUGAAGAAGUGCUGGCCGGAGCUGUUCGUGCUGUGCCUGGCCAAGUUCUCGCAGCCGCUGUCGCUGGGCGCGCUGCUGCCGCUCAUGGAGAGCCACCUGCGCGCCGUGCUCCGGGAGCGGGGCGCCGGGGACUGCCCGGACCGCUCCGAUGUACCACAGCCGGGGCUAAUAACAACGGCGGACUACUCUGACGAGCGCGUGGAGGAAGUCAGCGGCAUGCUGGUGCGCCUGCAGCAGUUCCUGGCCGCCAUGGAGCCGCUGAGGGUCAGCGAGAGGGAGCACGCCUACCUCCGGGCACUGUGCCUGUUCUCGCCAGACGGCGCGCCAGACUUCUUGACGCGCAAACUCCAAGACUACCAAGUGAGAGUACUCCGCUCGCUGAAGGCGGCAUGUCAGCCCGACGACGAGAGGCUGGCCACGCUGCUGCUGCAGCUGCCCGUGCUGAGGAGCUUCACCGGCUCGUUCCUGGAGGACGUGUUCUUCGUGGGGUUCCUGGGGGACGUCUGCAUUGACGACGUCAUUCCCCAUCUGCUAAUGGCGGACCAUUGAUGUAAUGUGUAACAACGACAUAGAUCACUAUAAUUUCCAAUAUUUAAAGUUUAAUGAUUAUAAUUUAUCAUUCGAGUUUGAUAUUUUCCAGUAAUGUCUUCCCAGAUUAAUGCAAUAUUUAAUAAUAUUUUUUAUUUCAUUGUAUUUAACUUUCUUAAGAAAGAUGCAAUCCGAAUUUUGUGCAAAAUAUGUGUAACAUGAGUGUUUAGCUCUUGGACUAAGAUGCCUCCAGUAUGCACUUGUCCAUUAGUUUAUUUUACUUUUGACAGCUGUCACUGCAGUAACGUUUGACGUAAAUGUUUUAUCAUUUCGUGAUUAAUUUAUCGUUUCAUGUUCUGAUAUAAUGUUAAAUCGAUUGUCGUGAGAAAUCGCAUCGGUAACUACCUAUAUAAUACAGAACUUAAUGAACUGUCAAAAUUAAAAUAAAUGUUCAGCAAGGUAAAUUAAUUUAUGUAAAAAUUGUGCCUUAAUUUCUAGGCUGCCUUAAUGUCCAUUAGUUGUAAGCAAAAGAGUAUUAAAAAUUAAUUUUAACUAUUGCCUACUUUGGUACAUUUUUGUGUACGAAUUAAAGAAUAGAAAAACGUCUUAAGUAU